AUGACCGUGGACGUGCCCAAGUCGCCGGCCUGCGACGUGGUGGCGACCACCUGCGAAGCCCGCAAACAUUUCUCCACAUUCUCCGUGGCGUCCCUGCUCGGGAAACCCGCCGCGAAUCACCGCUCCUCUGCUGCCGCCGCCGCCGCGAGCAACCCCGCCACCAUAACUGCGUCCGCCGUCGAGCGCCGCCGCGGAAGCCCCGGUCGACCCGAAUCCGCCCUCACGUCCAUUCGAAACCAAAAGGCUGACGACGAAAGAGAAGCAGAAGAUGACGACGACGACGACGAUGAUGAUGGGGGAUCGGCGGCGGCGGCGGAAAGGUCGCCGGCAGGCAGUGCUGGAGGGACGCCCCUGGGAUUCCCACAACAACAACAGCAGCAGCAACUGCAGGCGCAUUUGCACCGCCCGAUGCCGUUUUUGCCGAACGUGAAUGUUUCGGCGGCGGCAGCGGCGGCUGCUGUAUCCGCGUCGCUCUUUGCGGCGCCGCCGACUGGGUUUCCGGCUUGGGCUGCUUCUUCUGCUGCGGCGGCGGCCGGGGCGCCCGUGUCGCAUGUGCCACAGAUGCCCUGGUUUCCUGGUGCAGGGUCUAUGCCUGGGCUUCCGGAAUCCCUCAAAUCCGGAGACGGAUCAAAGGUAGGACCUCCUCCACCCGGAGGCCUCAAGUGCCAUUUGCGGAAGCACAAGCCGAACCGCAAGCCCCGCACCCCGUUCACCACCCAACAACUCAUGUCCCUCGAAAAGAAGUUCCGCCAAAAGCAGUACCUUUCGAUCGCAGAGCGUGCAGAAUUCUCCGCCAAUCUGAACCUGACCGAGACCCAGGUCAAGAUAUGGUUCCAGAACCGUCGCGCCAAGGCCAAGCGACUCCAAGAAGCCGAGCUGGAGAAGCUGAAAAUGGCCGCCCGGCCCUCGUUCCUUUCGCCACACCCACACCACCACCACCCGCACGCGGGCCACCCCCACCACCACCACCACCACCCUGGUGCCGCCGCGGCGGCAUUUUUGGGCCACCCGCAUCCGGCGUCGGCGGGCGGGUCGCCGCUGUUCCCGGGCUUGUUCCCGGCGGCUGCAGCAGCCGGGUUGUUUUUCAACUCUGCGGCGGCGGCAGCGGCCCUGCAUCAUCAUCACCACCAUCAUCACCUUUUGGGGCCACUGGGGCACCACCCGUCGGUGCCAGGGCCGCCACCUCCGUCUGCGCAGCCACCGCCGACGGCGACGCUCACGAUGGCGUCCCCGGGGUCGGGGAAACCGCCCAGCAACAGCGCUUCACCCUCCGCAUCGUCCUCCAUUCCAUCGACAAGUGUUGCCACGAUCACAGAUCCAUCGGGCUCCCAAAGCGUAGUGGUUGUGUGGCUGCUCAAGGAGAACUAA